AUGGUCGCAGACGUGGACGAGACAUCGCCUCUGAACCCUGCCGCCCGCGAGAAUCAGGAUCAGGAUGGAGGAAGAUCCUACCAAAGUAUCGCCAAGAUCGCGGACGUGCCGGGGGAUGUGGCCGGCGAUGAGGAGAGCGUGACACCUUCUUCCUCCGCCGCAGACCAAGGCGCCGUGCAGACAAUGACCGGUGUCCGGACCAUCGUGGCCGUGCUGCUGGUUGGAGAGUUCAUAUCCAAUGCAGACAGCACGCUGGUCAUGGCCACCACGGGCAAGAUCUCCUCCGAGUUCAAUCGGUUGCAAGAUGCGACCAAUGGCAAGUUGGAGAUCAUUUCUCCUCCGAAAGCAAGCUAUAUUCUGACGCAAUUGCAGUACGGUAAAUUGAGCGACAUCUACGGGCGGAAGCCUCUGCUACUGGUCGCCUACGCUCUGUUUGCCGCGGGCUGCUUGAUAUCUGGGAUUGGACGAGAUCUCUGGACGGUGAUCGGUGGUCGCGCCGUAAGCGGGAUCGGGGGUGCCGGGAUCAUGACCCUAGGAUCUAUCAUCACUACAGAUACGGUGCCCCGGCGGGAGGUCGCCUCGUGGAGAGCCUAUGUCAACAUCUUCAUGACUCUGGGUCGCAGCCUGGGCGGUCCCGUCGGCGGGUGGCUCACGGAUGCAGUCGGAUGGCGCUGGCUUUUUCUGCUUCAAAUUCCCUUCAUCACCCUCGCUGCGUGUCUGGUUCGCGGGAAACUGAAGCUCUCUCGUCGCGAUACGUCGAAAGCCUCGAUUCGCCGCGUGGACUUCCUAGGAACCGCUCUACUCGGCCUUUCUAUCGUGGCCAUCAUCAUCCUCCUAGAUCGCGGCGGUCACGCCUUCCCCUGGGCCUCGUGGACCACUCUGGUGCUUGGUAGUACCGGCCUGGGCUCCUUGGCGACAUUUGUUUGGGUCGAGACGCGCGUGGCCUCGGAGCCUAUAUUUCAGUUGGAUAUCCUGCGCCGCCCGAACGUCGCUGCCAGUUACCUCGUGGGGUUUCUGCAGAUCGCGUCACAGCUGGGCAUGUUGUUCUCCGUGCCACUUUAUUUCCAGGUCACGCAGCGAGCCUCGGCCACGGUCGCCGGCGGUCAUAUGGUCCCAGCAGUGGUGGGCAACACGUUGGGGGGCCUGGUGGCCGGCGGAUUUAUCCGACGAACGGGUCGAUUCAAGACUCUGCUGGUCGUCGCCGGUUUGGUGGCGUCCAUCUCCCACGUGCUCCUCCUGCUGCGAUGGAACGGACAGACGGGACCGUGGGAAUCCCUGUACAUAACUCCUGGCGGACUGGGCACCGGCAUCGCGUCCGCGGCGGCUUUUGUGAGUAUGACCGCGCUCCUGCAGCCGCAGGAGGUGGCAAUGGCGACAAGCGGCUAUAUGCUUCUGGUCAGUCUCGCGAUGACCACCGGCGUGACCCUGACCAACACCGUGCUUGGACUUGGGUUCAAGUCUCAGCUGCAGCAUCAUCUGCACGGCGAAGGAGCCGCCGAGAUAAUCCGCUCGGCAACCUCUGACACCGGCUUCAUUGCUCGUCUCGACGGAAGAGUUCGAGAGAUCGUGGUAGGAUGUUUUGUGGCUGGGCUCAAAAAUACAUACGGCAAGCCUUUCCGUUUCUCGAAGAAGUAA